AUGGUGGCCGCGAUCUUCUUGGCGCUUUUGUCGCAUUUUGAGCAUACGCGUUCACUUUCUCCAUCAUUUACAAUUGGCUCGUACUUGUGCAUCACUUUCCUGCCCAGAGCUGUAAUUACGCGGACUUAUUGGCUCCUUGCCAACGCUGACACAGGCUACAUACACGUUGCUGAGGCCAGUUCGGUUGCACUUCUCUUCCAAAUUAUCAUCAUCGUUCUUGAAAGCUGGAGCAAAGAGCAGUGGCUUUUUGAAAAUACAAAAGUUGCGGCCGAAGAGUUGGCUAGCUUUGUGGAUCGCUCGCUAUUUGCUUGGCUUGACAAGCUACUCCUCCACGGAUACAGACAAAAGCUCACAUUGCUUGAUCUACAACCGAUUGAUCAGACUCUAGGUACAUUCCGUCUAGCGAAUGACUUUCAUGACAUCCAGAAGCAUCCAAAGCUUAGGCGCUUCGGUCUUCUAGGCAUAACUUUACGAUGCUCGGGUUCAUCCAUAUUCUUUCCUGUGCUACCACGACUUUGUCUUACUGGCUUCAGCUUUGCACAACCAUUCUUGGCCACAUCUUUGAUUGCAUAUUUUGAGAAUGAAGGAUCCACCACUUUGAAUGCGGGGUAUGGAUUGAUUGGAGCCUCCUUCCUUACCUAUACUGGAAUUGCGAUAUCUACUGGAUGGUACUGGCAUAUGUCGUACAAAUAUGCCACAAAACUACGUGGUGGUUUAAUUGCAAAGAUCUCUGAUAAGUUGUUGAGGCUCAAGCAGGAGACAGGUCUUGAGUCAAAAGUUUUCACUCUCGUAAUUGCAGAUGUUGACAAAAUAAUCAGUGCUUCCGCAUAUAUACAUGAAAUAUGGGCGGUGGUUCUAGAAACUGGUUUAGCAACAUGGCUGCUCUGGAGACAAAUUGGACCCUCGAGCCUGACUGUCCUGGCAGUCGCGUUGAUUUGUGCAAUGGGAUCAACUUUUCUCGGAAAACACGUUGGCAAGGCACAGCAAACUUGGCUCGCAGGUACAGAGAAGAGAAUCGCGGCAACAAAGAAAAUGCUGUCUUCUCUCAAGGCAAUUAAAAUGAUGGGCUCCGGACAGCGUGUACGAAUGGCCAUUGAGAAAUUUCGGGAUCUCGAAUUUGUGGCCUCCAAGUCAUUUCGUACACUAUUGAUUGGAAGUUUAAUCUCAUCGUACUCCACUCUCACAUUGGCGCCCGUUGUUGCGUUUGGAACAUAUAUUGGUUCCACUAGAGCUACGAAUGGAGACUUCAAUGCCUCGAGAUUAUUCGGUUCCCUUAUUCUCAUUAACCUGCUUGCAUCACCACUCAUACGAAUUUUACAAAUUCUCCCGCAUUUUGGAGCCGCGUUUGGAUGCUUCUCUCGUGUGGAAGACUUCUUUGAGAAAUCAGAAGUCAUUGACUCCAGAGUAAUUGUAGUUGAUGGAAUCAAGCCCGGGGACGACUACAAGACUGAGUUUGUAGGUAAGGAAGAAGUAUUGAGCCAGGAGAAGGAAGAAUAUCCAGUAAAAUCAAAGGAUCUUUCAAUAUUAUCCAUGCGGCACGCAAGCUUGGGCUGGAGCACUGAAACAAUUCUGCAUGAUAUCAAUUUUGAAAUUGUUGCAGGUCAACACGUCGCUGUUACUGGUCCUGUCGGUUGCGGUAAGUCACUCUUGUUACAAGCAAUACUUGGUGAAGUCGAACUUAAGGCUGGAACUAUGCAUGUUGGAGGCGUAGGUAUCGGGUAUUGUAGCCAAAAUCCUUGGCUAAAAAAUGUUUCCGCAUACGAAAAUGCAUUUAGAAGCGCACCCAGCGACAAAUCAUGGGAGAAUUUGGUUGCUGAUAGUUGUAAUCUCGGCGGCUUAUUGAAUGUAGAAAGUGCGCACCAGACUGUUGGAAGUGGUGGAGCUAAAAUAAGUGGUGGUGAACGCCAGCGACUGGCUUUAGCACGUGCGAUUGCAACUCGACCUGCAAUCUUACUACUAGAUGAUGUUUUCAGUGCUAUAGAUAAAACUACAAAAACUUCCAUGCAAGAAAAGUUGUUCGGGCGGAAAGGUAUUUUGCGCGAGCAAAGAACUACAGUUAUUAAUGUUACUCAGGACCAACAAUUCAUAGAAGCUGCCGAUAUGGUUCUUCGAAUAGACGAUGCAGGAAGCCUCCAGCAGUUGCAGCCCAUAGCUUGCACAAUUCAGUCCACGGUGGAAGAUAAAAUUGAGGGGAAACCAAUCAAUGCUACACAGUCCAGCCCUGGGUCUCAAUCUCGAUCAAAAAGUGACCAUUCCGACCCAACUAAAAUCACAGAUAAGAGGGUCUACCAAGCGUAUCUCCUUUCUAUUGGGCGUUCAAACAUAACUAUCUUCUUCAUUGGUGCCAUCAUAUUUGCCUUCACUUUUAGGUUCCCCAACAUAUGGGCAGAGUGGUGGUCUAAUGCAAAUACUGGCAUCUCGACAAGAAGCGUUGAGUACUGGAUGGGUAUCUACGCAUUCUUAAAUUUGCUUCCACUGAUCGCCAUAAGUCUUUGGGUAGCUCACCUCAUGCUCAAAAUUAUUCCAACUUCAGGUAUUGGGCUACAUGGUAAACUACUCCGAUCUGUUCUCAAUGCACCUUUCAUCUUCAUCAGCACCAUCGAUUCCGGAAGCCUUAUAAAUAGAUUCAACCAAGACCUCAUGCUUGUUGAUACCCAACUUCCAUUCCAGCUUCUGAACACUGUUUCUGGAUUAUUCGCUGCUAUUCUCCAGGCAAUCUUAAUCACGAUUUCUGCUGUUUACAUCGUUGCUAUCCUUCCUGUCCUGGCAGCCGUGCUUUUUUUGAUCCAAAAUUUCUACUUACGAACAUCGAAACAGCUUCGACAACUUGAUUUAGAAUCCAAGGCUGGAUUGCACACGAUGAUCGCAGAGGUAUAUGAAGGACUGGUGACAAUUAGGGCCCAUGGCUGGCAGAAUAUUAUGCAAGGAGAGUUUUACGAGAAGCUGGAAAGAUCACAAGAGCCAAUAUAUCUUCUCUACAUGGUACAGACUUGGCUUCAGUUGACGCUGAAUCUAGUAGUUGCCGGGCUCGCAGUAGUAGUGGUUGGUGUGGCCAUUGGGUUGCGCCACAAGACAAGUGCCGGAGGAAUUGGAGUAGCAUUUUUUAAUCUGACCAUUCAAUCUUGGACAGCUCUAGAGACUUCUCUAGGAGCUAUUGCCAGAAUUGAAGCCUUUGAGCAAGAAACACCUGUAGAGCCAGAGGUUACAUCGCCGACUGAUGUACCCAUGUCAUGGCCAACCUCAGGUCAGCUGAGUUUUGAAAACGUUUGGACAAGCUAUAACCUCGAUGUAGAAAAGCCUUCAUGGAGUUUACGAGGAAUGACAUUGAAAAUUGACUCUGGUGAGAGGAUUGCUAUUUGUGGUCGUAGUGGUUCUGGAAAGUCGACUUUGUUGCUAUCCCUCUUGGCACUGAUUGAAACAACGAAAGGUUCCAUCUAUCUUGACGGUAUCGAUAUCUCAAAAGUCCAACGAUAUGUUUUACGAUCCAAACUUCAUGUUAUAUCACAAGACGCGUUCACAGAUGGAGAAAUCAUUCGCGAUGCACUAGAUCCGGCUGGAAAAUUGUCUGAUGAGACCAUCAACGAUGCCCUGCGUGAUUGUGCUUUGCUGAAUAAAAUCAAUGCAUCAGGAUCUCUCUCUGCCAAUCUAGGCGAUGUAACUCUAUCAGUUGGCGAAACCCAACUUUUUGUCCUAGCCCGAACUAUUCUUGGAAUCGAGGACUCUAAUAAAGGGGGUAUCGUACUACUGGAUGAAGCCACUAGCAGUAUCGAUGUCGCCACUGAGCGGAAAAUAAUGAAUGUUGUCGCCAAAAGACUGCAAGGAAAGACUGUGAUCUCAGUUUUACAUCGUCUCGAGGCCGCGGUUGAAUUUGACAAAAUCUUGGUUUUGGAGAAGGGCGAAAUGGCACAUUUCGGACCCCCAGAAGAGAAACUGAAAUUGAGCUUGGAAGAUAUUGUAUUAGCAUACGGACAAAAUGGUGACUCUGUGGCCCCAAGAUCUUCAAACGCCAAUGGAAUCUCAGGCCUCAACGAUCAUUUCAUAUUUCCAAGCGCACUGAAAAAGAAUAACUAUCUCGCCUGCUUCAGCUCAGAGCUCGAUUGA